GGAUUAUGGAGAGACACUGAGGUGUUUUCUAGUUAAGACUUCCACACUGUCCCAGCACUUUUCUAAUACAACCUCCUCCUUAACAUGAAGACUGUCCUCGUCGCGCUGGUCCUGUUCGCCGCUGUGCUACACACUGUGUUGUCUUGUCCGAUGUGUGAAGGUGAGGGGUUGAAGUGUUACACCUGUGUGGCAAAGAACGCGGACGAGUGUUUCCGGCAGGGCUCGACUGUGUGUCCUGCUCAUUCAGAUGCCUGCUCCACCAUCACAGGACCCAACUCCGUGAUGAAGUCAUGCGCUUAUAAGUCCUUCUGUGACAAGUCUCACAUGAGCAAUGGGGAGAUGAAGCUGGAAUGCUGCUUCAACGACGAGUGUAACGGCCCUCACCGGUCCCACAGCCAUGGGGAGCACCACAACACCGCCACGAGCCUAAGCUCCAGCCCCGUCCUGCUGCUGGGGCUCCUGCUACUUAGACUGGCUCUCAGUUCCCUGUAAACCUGUAACACAAAUACAUAAAUAAAUGAUGGAGUACAGGUGUUCAUGUAACUGAUAGAUGAGCUUUUGUCUGUUGGGAGGCAGAAUAAUCGGUGUGGUUUUGCUGUUACACAUAGGCUACAGGGGUUGAAUAAACACUGCUUAGAUUUGGUGUUCAUCUCUUUUAUUUUCUGUUGUAUGUGAGCUCAAAUGAGCGUCUGGUUAACUAAUGAAUAAAUUAAUAAAUGACCGGUUCAAAUGCUGAA